AUGGAGAGUGCCAAGAUUCGUAAGCAUAGCGAUACAUUGCGUGAAAUAUCGAAAGCAUCCGAUAUCAUACGACGGAAGCAUAAGAUGCUCAAGUUGGACAAGGACACGACCGAACAGGUUAUGGGGGAGGUAUUCAAGCCAUUAAUAACGCCGUUGCAACAAUUAGUGGAUACUUCAAAGCCGCAGCAGCGGCAUAUUAAACAAGAAAUUAAAACGGAACUACCGCAUGUUACAAUGAAAAAAGAAGAACAAGAAGAAAAAGAUGGUGAGAGUACCAGAGAUGAUGAUGAUGAUGAUGAUGAUGAUGGUGACGUUGCGGAAGAUGAGGAUAUGAGCGAUGGGAAUUUCAUGGAUGCAAACGAUAAAACGCUGAAGUUUGAUGAAAUUUCUACUACAAGUACGCCGGUGAAAAAAACAAGGGGUUCCAUGGCGCAAUAUUUGAAAAUGUUUAGCACAAGCAAAAAGAGGAAUUUGGAUAACAUAUAG